AUGGCGGUCGAAAGCGUUUCGAAUCAUGGAGAACUCGAGGAGAGGAUCGAGAAGACCCAGAAAAGCGCAGUGCCAGCCGGAAGACGAGAUACUUUUGAGACUGCCCGUUCAGUCUCUCCUGCAAUUCAGGUGCGUUUCCAAAUCAUGAAGUUCUUCGAUUUCAAGUUCCCAAUUCGUGAAAACCCACCUUGGAAACACAAAAUAUUGCCAAAUUUGGAUGCUAAAAAUGCGUUUACAAGAGCAUGUGGGUUUGGUUAUGAUAAGUCUACCGAUGACUACAAGGCGGUUAGGAUCUUUAGUGAGGGUCAGAACCAGAGUGGGGUGGGGAUGGGGUUGGUGGCUCUCCAUUGGGUCACCCAUGUUGAUACGGAAUCGAGUUACUCUUCUUGGGUGAUUGCUUCUCUUGAUUUGGAGAAGGAAACGUAUGGAGCAAUUGUGCCACCUGAUUAUGGGGUUUAUGUUAUUGAUUUGACAUUGCGUGUUUUAAAAGGAUGCCUUCAUGUGCUCUGCAACUUCUCGACUUGUGUUGAUGUAUGGGUAAUGAACGAGAAUGGCAAGAGAGAACCUUGGACUAAGUCGUUCACAAUACCAUAUUCUGUAGUGUCAAGAAUUUGCCACUACACACCAUUGUGCAUUUCAAAGAAUGGUGAAAUUUUAUUGAAAUUUGAGAAUCGGUUAGUUCUUUACAAUUUGAAAGAUGGUAAAUUUAGGAAUCCUGGAAUACCUAACAUGUGCAACUGUCUUCCAGUGGAUACCUAUGUUGAGAGCUUAGUCUCCCUUGAUGGUAAUAAUUUGGGUUAG